AUGGUCAGAGAAGUUACAAACGAGAAAGGGGAUAGCCUGACAGAAGGAUAUACAUCACAGUUGCAGAACUUUACUCACAUCAAUGUAACACAGAAUGAGCUGCAGGAGUUGAAGGAUAUAUGGAUUCGUUGGGAUAAGGGCACUAAGCAGUUGUUCUACCAGAGUUAUGGUGAUAUACCGUACUUGCUCGAUGUUAAGGUGGAUAAGCGUUUGUUCCAAGGUAUGGCUCAAUUUUGGAAUUCUGCUUAUAAUUGUUUCACUUUUGGGGAAGUAGAUUUGGUUCCUACCUUGGAAGAAUAUACUACUUUGUUGAGGAGUCCAAAAGCUCAAGUCAGAAAAACUUAUGCUAAGGUUUCUAAUUGUCAAACUUUUGCGAAGAGGUUGGUGAAUAUUUCGGGGAUGAGUGAGUCAUGGGUCACUGCUCGAAUUCAACAAAAAGGGGAUAGUAAGUGUAUUUCCUGGGAAAAUUUGAGAGAUUUGGUUUUGAUGCGUCCGGAUGAAAAGAAAAGGGUUGAUAUCUUUGCCUUAAGCAUCUAUGGACUGGUGAUUUUUCCUAAGGCUUUAAGGCAUGUUGAUGAGGCAAUUACUGAUUUGUUUGAUCGUCUCGAGAAGGGAGUCACACCUGUACCUGCAAUACUGGCCGAGAUGUUUAGAUCUUUGAGUAUGUGUCGAAGGACAGGUAAAGGUCGAUUUAUUAGAUGUGCACAACUAUUGAUGGUAUGGUUUCACGGGCAUUUUUGGAAAGUGAAUAAGGUUUCUUACCGGGUCUUCUCCGAAGAUUACUCCCCAUUAAAAGAAGAGAUGGCUAUGCAAAGGAGAGAUGAUAUUUCAAAAGAGAAAUGGAUGGAAAUUCUCCAAAAUCUCAAGGAGGAUGAUGUAGAGUGGAGAGCUUUCUGGAUGGUACCUGAUGAAAUUUUGUAUCAAUGUGGGAAUUAUAAUUGGGUGCCAUUGUUAGGAAUUUGGGGAGCUAUUGGAUAUACUCCUUUACUUGCAUUAAGGCAAUAUAAAUCGAGGCAGUUCAUACCUACGACAUACGGGCUGGCUCAGUGUGAAGUCCCAUAUAAAGGAGACCACUAUAGGAAGAAGGUUCGGGAAUUAUUUUAUGCUUGGAGGCAAACGCGCUGGAUGAAGAGGUUGGAUAUUAGUUCCAUGGUAACACCUGAAUACAAUGGAUGGUUUAGGAAAAGCGUCAAUGAUAAUAUUCCUAUACCAAGUUUAGAAAGCACUCAAUCAAUGGAGGAACAGUUACAAAUUGCCCCGUCAGAGUUGAAAAUUAUAAAACAAGACUUUGAGAAGAAAAGUUCUGAGUUUGGGAAGAAGAUCAAGCAGUUGGAAGAAGAAAAGAUACACUUGAAGCUAGAUGUAGAGAUUCAAAAGUCAGAAGCAGAAAAGUUACAAAAAAGAAAGAAUAAAGUUGAGGAAGAUUUGGAAAGGUUGAAGACAGAUUAUAAGAAACUACGCUUGUCAAUGAGGACUGCUGGAUUAGGAAAGACUUCAGAAUAA